AUGGCGGAGCCGCCGUGUAACCUGGUGCUGAAGAACCUGUGCGUGGCCUUCUUGUUGGAGAGAGAGGAGAAAGCUUCAGGUUCAGAGGAUAUCUGCCCGCUGCACGAUCUGAAGUACGAAUUCGAAUGUGAUGAGGAUGAGAUGCCGAUGUGUAUCGCUUGCACGGAUUCAGAUGAACACGCCGACCACAGCUAUAUAACCAUCGACUUUAAUCUCAUGGUACGCUGUAAACUCGAGGAAGCUCUGGAGCCCUUGAAGGAGAAGUUGAAGAAAUACGAAGAAGAAAAAGAGAAGUUUGAUGAAGCAGAAACCUUCAUUGAGGGCCAGGCCAAACGCACAGAGGCCGAGAUUAAGGAGGAGGAGGCCAGGAUUGCUGCAGUGAAAGGGGAAGAGAAGGAGAAGAAUCGGGUGAUGAGGAAGAGGAUAGAGGUUCUGAGCAAAGAGAUAGUAACUCUCACGGACACGAUCAGCGCCACAGAGGACGAGCUGGAAGGCGGCGACCUCUCCGUCAUGCAGAACCGCAAGGAGGCGGUGGAAAUAAUCCUGAAGCGCCCCGCGGUGAACGUCUCCGAGUUUCCCUCGGGAGCUCUGAUAAACGUCGCCAAACACCUAGGCAACCUGACCUUCAACCUUUGGAAUCAGAUGAAGGACAUAGUCUCGUUCUCUCCCGUGAUUCUGGAUCCAAACACCGCGUUCAGCGAGUUCAUCCUGAACGACGAUCUGACCGGCUUGCUGCCAGAAGCGGAGCAGGACCUCCCUUACAACCCGGAGAGGUUCGAUGGUUGCAUCGCCGCCCUGGGCUCCGAGGGCUUCAACUCGGGGACUCACACCUGGGAUGUGGAUGUGCAAGGCAGCGUGAGUUGGCGCCUGGGCGUGUUCACGGAGAAUCUCCCGAGGAAGGGCCCGUUAGAGGCCGGAAUACUGUCACUGUGGCACUAUAAAGGCAAAUACUUUUCAUCAGCACCACCGAGCGCGUCCACCGCUUUCCGAAUGAAGAAGAAGCUCAAGAAGGUCCGAGUGACCGUGGACUGGGACAGAGGACGGGUGUCGUUCUGCGACGCCGAAACUAAAACGCACAUUCACACCUUCAAGCGCAUUUUCACCGAGAGGAUGUUUCCGUUCUUUAACUCUGAGCAUGCGUUGAGUAUAAUACCGCUGAAGAUCAGUGAGACGACUGAACAGAACAGCUAA